UCUGCUGCUGCUUCAUGUCAGGAAAGUGUUUCUAUGUUUCUACCAUGGACUCAGAAGAGCUGUCAGGUGGAUUCCUUAACUGGUUUAAAGAAGAGAGGAUUUAAAGCAAAAACAGUCCACACCAACAAUGGACACAGAAGAAGCUCCUCAAGCCCUGUUGAGCUUUCUCUCCAAACUUGGACUAGAGAAAUAUUAUCCCAACAGACUUUCACGUCAGUCUCUCUUGGAGAUCAACACAAACAGCUUAAAUGAAAAACCUGUUUCAUCUCUAGAGGACAUACCAUGGUGCUUUCUCAAAAAAAUUUUUAAAAUCAGUACCAAGUGCAGGAGCUGUACACAACUAACAAGCAAUCAAAAGGAAAAUAAUGAUGACUGGGACCUGGACCUUUACACUACAAAUGACUCUGACAAUAAGAUUAACCCUCUUGACCUCAUGGUAGCUCUCUUCCUUUGUGCUGACAGCUUCUUGCAACAGGAAAUGUCUCUCAAAAUGUCCAUGUGCCAGUUUUCUGUCCCACUGCUGUUGCCUCAUGGCAAUAAGAGUCAGUGUAGCCUGAUGCUUUGGGCUCUGAGAGACAUCGUCAAAGAGUGGCGUCCACAUGAUCUGUCUGAAUCAAGAGGUUUUGUUGAAGACAACAUUGUUCAAGCAGAUCUACCGUUCUAUUCCUUUGUCAGGCUGAAAAACUGCAGUUUAUCAAAGUCUCACUUUUUGAACAAAGUUCUCAUCAGUGACCAACAGAAUCACAACAUCUUCAUACACAGAGAUAUGGAAGGAGGAGGAGUUAAAAGAGAAAUAUCCAAUGGACUGGUGGAGGUCUGCUGGUAUCUGCCAUGUGGGAAAGAAAAUCUAGACAUAUUUCCAGAACCUGUGGCUUUUGCAAAUAUGAGAGGAGACAUCUGGGAGUCACUUGAACAGUUCAAGUUUCUUUUUCAAGUGUCAAAUGUCACCUUUGUAUUUCUGGACAAAGUUGAAGAAAGGGAACUGGAGAUUUUGACUUCCCUAAAAGAUAUGAAAACUAAACUCUUCCUGGUAGUUAAUCAAAAGGAGGGGAAUGUUAAACAAGACAUGAUGUCAGUCAAGAAAACACUAGAGAAAUUGGAUUUACCAAAGAACAAUUUAAUAGUAAAAAAAACAGGUGAUAAUGGAGCAGAGUUUUCCAAGAAACUUUGUGAAGCCAUCAAGACAUGUCUCUCACAUGUCAAAGCUACAGCCAGCAUUGUAAAUAUGUUUGACAAAGCUGUUGAACUUGGUCUGUCUGUGGAUGAAAACAAAACUGGCCAACAAAAAAAAGCAGCCAAAGAGAUCAUGGAUGGUAUUGGGGUCAGAUCAUUUCCACAAUACAAGAAUCUGCAACUUCCACUGCAAGGAGAUAACUGGAAAACAUUAUCAAAAAUAGAAAAGGAGGAGUGUAGACUAAAGAAAUGUGGUGACUCAAGACCGGAAGAAUAUAAAUCUUACCUACAAGAUGAAAAACAAAAAGUGAUAUCAGAACAAAGAAAAUACAAACUAUCCAAAGGAAUGGAGAUUUUUCUUGAUAACUUAUCAACAAAUGACAAAGACAAAAGAGACUUUUUCCUCAAGUGGAUGAAACUAAAACUUGAUUCCCAUUCAAGAAAAAAACUGUCUGAUCUGCGAAACACAUUCAAAGAACAAUGCAAACAGAAAGAUGUGAAACUCAUAGCAGAGUUGGAUCAAGCUUUGGUGGAGAGCUCUUUAGGUGUAGAACAUUACAUGAGAGAGAUGGGACUGAUCUACGAGUUUUUGCCAGAACCUCAUCAUGAAAGAUAUCAUCUCCCUUCUCUGGCUGCUGAACUGCUGUUGGAUGGAUAUCCUUUAGAGCUCUUGGAUGGAGAUGCUUCCAACAUCCCAGAGAGAUGGGUGACAGAUGUGCUGAUGGAGCUUCACAAGAAGGUUGGAGAGAAGAGCAGACUGUUGGUACUGACUGUAUUAGGAGUUCAAAGUUCAGGGAAGUCAACACUCCUCAACACCAUGUUUGGUGUACAGUUUCCUGUCAGCAGUGGCAGAUGUACCAGAGGAGCUUAUAUGCUGUUCCUCAAAGUUGGAGAGGAUUUGAAAAGUGAAUUAAAUUCUGACUUCAUAGUUCUCAUUGACACAGAGGGUCUAAAAUCUCCUGAUAUGGCACAACUAGAGGAGAGUUAUGAGCAUGACAACCAGCUGGCAACCUUUGUAAUCGGCCUCAGUGAUGUCACAAUCAUCAACAUUUCAAUGGAGAACUCAACUGAAAUGAAAGAUGUUCUGCAAAUCACAGCCCAUGCAUUCUUGAGAAUGAAGGAGAUUGGUAAAAAAACGAUUUGUCAUUUUGUUCAUCAGAAUGUUGCAUCAGUUUCAGCUGAUUCCAACUGUGUAAGAGAAAGAAAACAUCUGUUGGAUCAACUCAAUGAAAUGACACAACUUGCGGCUGAAAUGGAAAAACAACCUUCUAUCAAAGCCUUCACUGAUGUACUGGACUAUGACAUAGAUAAAACCAACUGGAACAUCCCAGGACUCUGGCAUGGAACACCUCCAAUGGCUCCAGUGAACACAGGUUACAGUGAAGCUGUAGCUGAUUUCAAGAAACAUCUUCUGGAGACAAUGAAAGGAGAGAGAAGAUCUGAACCCUCACAGAUCCCUGAGUUUCAAGAAUGGAUGAGAAGUCUCUGGAAAGCAGUCAAAUACAAGAACUUCAUCUUUAAUUUCGGAAACACUCUGACUCAAGCCUAUGACAACCUUUGUAAAGAGUUCAGUGAUUGGGAAUGGGAGUUCAGGAAAGAGAUUCUCUCCUGGCAGACAGAAGCAGAGGUGGAAAUCUCAAAUGCUGACAAUGGAUCUGAGAUGGAAACUUGGAAAGAACUUGUAGAAUCAAAGAAAUCCGAAGUGUCCAAAAAAAUAACAAAUCAACAAAGAAUAAUGAAGAAGAAACUCAGUGACUACUAUGAAAAGAAAGACAGACAUGUAAAUCUGAUAGAGAAAUACAAGACUGAUUUCUUCAACAACAUCAAAAGCCUUGCAAGAGAAAUCCAGAUGUCUGUGAAUACUAGACUGGAUUACAUCCUUGAGCUAAAAAUAAGUACAAAAAAGGCUCAGGACAUACAGAGGAUGUACAGAGGUGUGAUAGAAGAGCAGGUUAUGAAGCUUGUGAGUAUCUGCAAAGACUCCAAACUGUCUGAUGAACAGCUGAUACAAGAGUUUGAAAAGAUGUGGAAUGAUGCCACUGCAGAUAUUUCUGACCUGAAAGAACAAGAUAUUAUGGAAGAUAUCCUCUCCACGCUGUGAAAACGUUUCUCAAAGCAGAAAGUCAAUGAGGAAUUAAGGAAUGUUGAUUUAUGGAAAUUUGGAAUGGUCCAUUCAAAAUCAAAACUGAACAUUCUUAGAUUAAAAAAAAAGGUUAUGGCAAAUGAUCUGCAAAGAUUUGCAGACAGCGUCACUGAGUCAUGCAGACAGUUUAUACUUGAUAAAGUAAAGACAAAUGAAGACUCUUUCACAAAGGAACUUCUGUAGAAAAAUGAUCAACCUCUUCAGCAAUGUUACAAACAUUAUAAAAUAAAUACAAAGUUUGAGAUUGAUUUCUCAGACUUAGACUUAGACUAAUUUUAUUGUCAUUUUGUAUGCACAGGAUGUAUACAGAACGAAAUUUUGUUGCGUACGGUUCAGGACAAUAAAAUUGUAAUAAAAUUACACAUAAAAUAAGAUAAACACAAUAUUAAGUGCAGCAGCGAUAUAGAUGUAGGGAUGUCAUGUAUCAUAGUGCAAAACAUGUUUAACAGUGCAAAAUAUCUGUGCAGAGAAUGAAAGUAGAAAAAAGUAUGUACAAUUAUGUACAGAAUUCCGGCAGUGUGGAGUAGGGUCCAGUUAAGAGUUCAGCAUUCUGAUGGCUAAGAGGGAAAAAGCUGUUGCAGAACCUGGUGGUGCUGCACCAGAUGCUGCGGAACCUCUUUCCAGAGGGCAACAGAACAGCCCAUGGUGGGCGUGGGAGGGGGCACUGACGAUGUUAGAGGCUUAGGGCAUGCAGCGCUGUGAUGAGAUGUCCUGAAUGGAGGGAAGAGGGGUCCAGAUGAUCCUCUCUGCUGUCCUCACCACUCUGCUCACGUUCUUCCAGUUGGAGCGCUGCAGCCUCCACACCACACAGAGAACGUUAAUGUGCAAUUAACACACAUGGGUUUGCAAUCAUGGGUGGAUAUAAAAGCAUGCGCAAAGUGAAAAUGGUAUUAACAAUGGCAGCCUUGGCUUUGUUGGAAGACCUCGCAAAUGUGUGAGAAAGUGUUUAGAGAACGUGAAGAUCUACUCGCAAACGACGACAACUGGCUCAUGAGUUGUUUCUGUUUACCGAGGCCAGUAUUACUGGAGUAUUAUUGGAGCUGUGGGCAGAGCUGCAACCCUAGAGCUCAACACAGCGCGGAGCAAGGGAUUGUCCGUGCCCACACAGGUGCUGACCACUCUGGGGUUGGUGCACAGCAAACUGAGAAGAGUUGAAUUCUUGGUGUUAAACUAGACAUACACUAGUAGUGUUAAUUAUACUCUGGGUAGAG